AUGAGCGCAUUGCUACUCCAUCUAUUUGGAGAAAGAAACCCCUCGCUAGAGGAAGUAGCCACUAGGCAGAACUAUAUUAAUCCCAUGUACUCAGAUGUCCCGAAAGUACAAGAAGAAAUAGAAACAUAUGAAUGUCGCAUUUGUAAGAAAACCUUCUACAAUACAGUUGCUUUACACAACCAUUCGAAAUUUUAUCACGACGGGGAGACUUUGUACAGCGAAGCCGAACAAAUUGCUGAUACGAAUAACGAUGAAAUGUUCGCCGACAUAUGUGACUUUAAAUUUUUGAAAAUAAGUAAGGCUGAUGAGAGCGGGCAAAGUGUAGAAAAAGACGGAAUCACAAGGCGCAUCUUCGACGCCGACACGUCCUACUUGCUCGUGAAGGUUGAGGGUGAAGGUGAUACGCUCAGCGCUAAAAGAUCAAGACUCGACGGAGUGCUGCGGAGGACCCAGAGCCGACAGCAGAAACCUUCGGUGGACUUGAGGGGUCCAUUCACUUGCACACUGCCAUCAUUACUUCGUCCGGAUAGUUCAUGCCAUCAAAUCUUCUUCAAUUGCUGCGAAUAUUCCUUGCACUAUCAUGAAAAGCACACAAAGCGAAGAAAAGCGGCCUUGCGUUGUCAGGUUUGCGAAAAACGUUUGGAUAGAGGGUUUUCGUCAUUGCCGAGCCUGGCGAGCCAGCUGACUCUGGGAAGCAGUAUCACUUUCCCAUGCAGACUUUGUGGACAGGUGUUCCUGGAUAGCGCGCAGUAUGACGAGCAUAACCGAUAUAUGCACCCGAAGCUCAAGCCGCACCAGUGCUCUGUUUGCGCAAAGCGGUUCACCCAGCAAGGAGGGCUGCAACAGCACAUGAGAAUGCACACCGGGAUCCGCCCGUUCAUAUGUUCAUUCUGCUCCAAAACGUUCACCCAGAAGGCCGGCCUUGACCAGCACUUACGGACGCACACUAAGAUCAAACCGUUCAAAUGCGUCAUAUGCAGCAAAUGCUUUUCACAGUCAGUCCACUUGCGCCAGCACAUGCGCACGCACACCAACAUCCAGCCGUUCGAGUGUCCAGUCUGUGGUCGUCGCUUCAAGCAGAGCAGCCAUCUGAACUUUCACAUGCGUUCGCACGAUCCACACGACGCGUGCGGUCUUCUGUCUGCGCCGGUGCCGGAGCCUUACGCCUCGCUCGACCCUCAGAUUAACUUCAUGAAUUUCGCCAACGUUCAGCCCGUGCACGACGGUGACACUGUGUAUUAUUCGGCAGAGCUCGCGCCAACGUCAUUGUCGACUAACUUCACCGACUCUGUAGCUCUGCCUCUAUGCGACCGACAGGUAAUGCUCUUCGGAGACGGCAGCGGAAAUUAGUAUUGUUUUUCCAGAUAUAAGAUGCUUUGCUUAAAGUUCUAUCCCUGCCCAGGAGCGCGACCGUAGCGAGUCUGUUUAUUUGUGUACCAUCAGUAUCUGGGGAAGUAGAUUAUAUGAAAAGCGAUGCGCUUUCAGCUUUUCAUAAAAAAAUAUGGGAUUUAACUGCAAUUGCUUUAGUUGAAAAGGAAAUGGAAGUGGUACAAAUGCGCGACUCUUCACUGUACUGAUACUGAAGUCGUUCAGUAGUAGAAAAUAUAGUAGUAUAAUGGAAUUAAUACAUUUUUUACCAGUUCUUUAAUCUGUAUAAAAC